AUGGCUAUUGUUGAUCCAGAUUAUAAAUUUAUAUGUGUUGAUAUCGGUGAUUACGUUGGGGAUGAAGACUUUGUUUUAAAGCCGUCCCUAAUGAGGCCUUUCCCAUAUACGCAAUCCAGGUUUCAUCUUGAAGAAGAGAAAUAUAAUGCAAUACUCUGUCGUACAAGAAGAAUGGUAGAAAAUGCUUUUGGCAUAUUGGCUCAAAAAUGGCGAAUAUUUUAUAAGCCAAUAGAAACAAAACUAGCCACUACAAUUCUGAUUGUAAAAACGGCAUGUGUACUGCACAAUUGUUUACGAAGUAAAAACUGUGAUGAUCACUUUUUUCCACAUUUAGAACCACCAGAGCCUGAACUUAGAGCUUUUCAUAAUAUCGAACACAAUCCAAGAAGAGCAGCAAGAUUGGCACUUGCAACUAGAGAAAAAUUUGCCACUUACUUCAAUACUUAA